GGAGGUAACGGCAACCGAGAGGCGAAACAACGAGAGGCGAAAUAGAACCAUCGCCCUUGAAAUUUAAUUAAAAUACACGUUCAGGAGGAUUAUUGUGUGACAGCGAAACUUCUAAGCACCGAAAGAGACCGUCUGCAGUUUGUGUAUAUGUAGAGUUUAUCAGGUGUUCUGUCACAGGUGUGUGCCAAAGGCUUUCCUCACCGGAUGCAACCGUAGGCAUCAUCAACUUUUAUGUCAUGCUGUGAGUGUGUCACAGGUGUUCCUCCUUGACUGUAACAGUAGACAGCGUCCUCCCUGAAUGUAACAGUAGGCAGCGUCGUCUAGGCCAAGCUCAGGGCUACUGAAACCCCGGAUCAGACUGCGGAGCGUCUACAGCGACGGCGCAUACGACCAGCAAAAGUAAAGGCUGCCAAAACAUUGUAGCAGCGUGAGGAGCGGCAGCAAGUUGACCGCACACUCCAUUCACAGAAGUCUGACACCAUGACAGCUGAGGAGACCAUCAACAUAAAGGAGGUGGAGAUCAUUAAGGUGAUCCUGGACUUCCUGAACUCACGGAAGCUGCACAUCAGCAUGCUGGCCCUGGAGAAGGAGAGUGGAGUAAUCAAUGGCCUCUACUCAGAUGAUAUGCUCUUUCUCAGGCAGCUUAUUCUAGAUGGACAGUGGGACGAGGUACUGCAGUUUAUUCAGCCUCUGGAGUGUAUGGAGAAGUUUGACAGGAAAAGAUUCCGCUACAUUGUACUUAAGCAGAAGUUUCUGGAAGCUCUCUGUGUAAAUAAUGCCAUGUCAGCAGAGGACGAGCCCCAGCAUCUGGAACUUACCAUGCAGGAAGCUGUAAAAUGCCUUCAUGCUUUGGAGGAAUUUUGUCCCUCCAAAGAUGACUACAGCAAGCUUUGCCUUCUCCUCACUCUCCCUCGUCUUACCAACCAUGCUGAAUUCAGGGAUUGGAAUCCGAGCACGGCUCGCGUACGCUGCUUUGAAGAGUCGUGCUCCAUGGUGGCUGAGUUCAUUCCAGCUGACCGCAAAUUGAGUGAGGCAGGUUUCCGGGCCGGUGCAGAUCGACUUUUUCAGCUGCUGGUUAAGGGCGUGCUGUACGAGUGCUGUGUUGAGUUCUGCCAGAGCAAGGCCACAGGUGAGGAGAUCAGUGAAGCUGAGGUGCUGCUGGGUAUUGAUGUGCUCUGCGGCAAUGGCUCCGAUGAACCUGACCUGAGUCUUCUGUCAUGGCUGCGAAACCUGGCACCUAGUGUCUUCUCCUGCGCCUUUGAGCAAAAGGUGCUCAAUGUGCACGUGGACCGGGUCGUUAAGCCAGUACGAGCGGCCCACGCUGACCUGCUUACGCCGCUCGUCAGCAAACUCUCCCCAUGCCCUGCCUCUCCGUUGCGCCGUCCACAGUCAGCUGACACCUACAUGUCCCGCUCGCUCAACCCAGUGCUGGAUGGCCUCGCUUAUGGCCUGUCUGGCAUGGAAAGAAGAGGAGGAACCAGAGCUGCUGAGGUGGGGAAAGCAUCACCCAUGUCACAUUCAUUUGCCAACUUCCAGUACCCUGGGGGGCAGAACCUGAGCCGGAGUCUGAUGAUGGAGGAGUCUCAAUGCCAAAGCAUCUUUGAAGAGUCCCCUGAGUGCUCCAGAACUGAAACUCCUUCAGAUAAAAUGAUGAGUAGCUCCCAGAACUCUCGCCCAGUCUCUGCUCCAGGUCAGGAUGCCCCAACCACUCCCUCUGCAGAAAAGAAUGAGUUGCGUGACUCCAUGGAACAGUAUCAGGAGUACUACAGGCAACGCUUACGUGUACAGCAGCACCUGGAACAGAAGCAGCAGCAGAGGCAGCUUUACCAACAGAUGCUGCUAGAGGGUGGAGUCCAGCAGCAGGAGAUUUCACCCACUGCCAAGCACAACCUCACUGAGACCUUCCUCAACAGAUCCAUUCAAAAGCUGGAGGAGCUGAAUGUUGGAAUGGAUGAUCUGGGUGAGGAGGUGCAGGCCCUCUCUCUACAGUGUAAUGGUGGAGGAGAAGGAGAGGCAGGAGUAACUUCAGGGGGUGCAACAGACACAGUACUUCAAGAUGAGGCAGGGCUUAGCACCGGCAUCCCUCAGAGAAACAUUGGACGGGCAGCUGUUCCACAUACCCCCGAGUCCCCCAUGCUCCCAAGUAGUAUUCAGAGGGAUGGUGGAGGACAGAGUGAUAGCAGUAUGACACGCACUAAAGGAACUGAGGAAAACAAGCCCAAGCCAAAGUUUGUUGCGGUGAAUACUUUGGAGGAUACACAAGCCGUGCGUGCUGUGGCCUUCCAUCCAUCAGGGGCGUUCUAUGCUGUGGGCUCUAACUCCAAAACCUUAAGAGUCUGCGCAUACCCUGACACACUCGACACCAGUGUUGCAUCUAAACCCCCAGUGGUACGCUUUAAGAGAAAUAAGCAUCAUAAAGGUUCUAUAUACUGUGUGGCGUGGAGCCCCUGUGGACAGCUUCUGGCCACCGGCUCCAAUGACAAAUACGUCAAAGUGCUGCCUUUCAACACUGAAUCCUGCAAUGCCACUGGUCCUGAUCUGGAGUUUAGUAUGCAUGAUGGUACUAUUCGAGACCUGGCCUUCAUGGAAGGGCCUGAAAGUGGAGGAUCCAUCUUAAUCAGUGCUGGAGCAGGAGACUGUAACAUCUAUACUACUGACUGCCAGAGAGGACAGGGGCUUCAUGCUCUCAGUGGACACACAGGCCACAUACUGUCUCUGUACACUUGGGGAGGCUGGAUGAUUGCAUCUGGUUCACAGGAUAAGACUGUGCGUUUCUGGGACCUACGCGUUCCGAGUUGUGUCAGAGUUGUAGGGACAGCUUUCCAUGGGUCAGGAAGCCCAGUAGCCUCAGUGGCUGUGGAUCCAAGCGGGCGUCUGUUAGCUACAGGCCAGGAGGACAGUGCCUGUAUGCUGUAUGACAUCAGAGGCGGAAGGAUGGUGCAGACCUACCGCCCUCACUCGAGUGAUGUGCGUUCAGUACGCUUCUCCCCUGGAGCGCACUACCUGCUCACUGGCUCCUACGACACAAAAGUUAUUACCACAGACCUACAAGGAGACCUGACGAAGCCGCUGCCAUUGACAACAGUAGGCGAGCACAGUGAUAAAGUAAUUCAGUGCAGGUGGCACCCGCAGGACCUCUCCUUCCUCUCCUCGUCUGCCGAUCGCACAGUCACCCUCUGGACACACAACACAUAGAGCCUUCUCUCACCGCACAACUCGCUCUACUGUUAAAGUGCUCCAGUUGGAUGAAACUGUAAAUACUGUGUGUGCGCAUGUGGUGGUGUGUGUGUGAGUGAGUGUGUGUGUGUGUGAGUGAGUGUGUGUGCGCGCAUGUGUCUGUAUUUAUUACUUCCGUAUUCGUUUUUGCUCUGUGGCAGCCGCUAUUCCGUGCCUCUACUUCCUCAAUGUGGCGUAAAUAGUAUCAGUUCCAUCAUUUUCUCACAAGCUCCAUGGUUUCAGGUGUUUUCAGCAUUUCCUGUCUGCCGAAUAAUAUAUGCUGCUUUAUUAAUAAAAAACAGAGCGAAACAAAUAAAUUGGUCAAAGUCGCACAUGUACAGAGCACUACAUAAGUCACAUGAAAGUAGCGUCAAUUUCUAAAAUGCAAAAAUGGACACGUAACAUGUUUUAUUAUGAAAUAUAGGCGAUGAAAAGCACUAAAGUUUGACUAAAGUCGGAGUUUUACAAGUUUGUCUCCCAUAUCUGCGGUGCCAAUAUCAAAGCAAAUAUCUCCUGCUGGACCAAUGAUAAUAAUAGCUGAACAACGUUGUGGUUAAAUAAUGUUAUACACAUCUCAUUGUGGAACUCGAAGCUGGAGAUCUGACUCUUAGAUCAUCUGCGCUGUCAUUUGGCUCCCAUUAAAUCACAUUUGGCCGGAUAGGGAUGUGGAAAUUAUGGGAUACCUUUUUUAUAGUGCAUAUCAAACCAGCAUUAAAAAGUUAAUAAAUAAGUCUCGAUUUAAAAAAGACUGAUGCUGUUUGAUAUUUUUAGACGUAGGGUGAGUAAAAAAGGUGAACAAAUAUUUAUAGUAUGUGGGAGAUGGUCAGUGGAGUGAUACAAGCAAGAUAAGAAAGGAUGAGAAAAUGGUGAAGAGAUGAACAGCACAGAUGGAGGAUAAACUUUGUAAAUGAAGCUGAGAAAUCUGAGAAUGAUGUCCCAUCAUGUCUUUAUGCACAGUUCCCAGUGAUGCAGCGUAUAAACGAAGAUCAGACUGUUCUUCAGGCCAAAUCUUACCGCUGGAAUAAGAGCAGCCUGUCCACAUCCAUGACCAUUUUAAUAUCCAAAUAUUUGUUUUUGUGGAGUUUUCCUGUUUUGAGACCAAAUCUAUUAACUCUUUCUGUCCCAAUUUUUUUUAAAUAUAAAAGUGACACAAUUUGAAGUGUGCAAAGACACAUGCUGCAGAUCUUCGUGUUCUGUCUGAACCUUGUGAAUAGAUGUUUCUGUGUGCUGUGUAUUUCAUAUGGUGCCUUGGUUUAUAGAUCACUUACUGCUUAAAGCUUUAGGAUUACUCAGUCAUUCCAGGCAGCCAGGUAUUUAAAACUAACCUCAUCAUUUCGUACUGCUAUGCUUCAAUCAGUUAUUCUUUGUGAAAUGUCCUUACUGUCUGGACAGCUCUGCAUGAACAACAACAAAAAAAAAAACAGUUGUUUUAAAUGAUGCAUUCAUUCCUUUAUCUUCAGUAAUCACUUAAUAAUGGCCAGUGUGGUGAUGGGGCUUAUAUCUGGAGCACAGUGGUACAGUGGAGAGAAUCUACCUUGGAUGGGACACCAGUCCAUUGCAUGGCAUCAUGUACAGUACAUACAUACACACAGACACAUGGGGCAGUUUAGCAUAGCUUUUUUGCUAGUCCUACUGGCAUGUUUUUGGAAGUUGGGGACAUGGGGAGAACUGCUGCAUCACUGUGCUGCCCUAAAUAAUUAAACUUACUAUUACUACUACUACUACUAAUAAUGCGGUGGUGUGAUGGUGCAGGAUAAAUCAGUGAGGAUAACUUGCACCAAGAAAUUAAACCGACCCCCAUUUUAAAGGAAACAGUGGUGUAAAGAAGGCGACUAUCCUCCCAUUGACUGCACCGCACUCACACAGUGUUUUACUGCUGUGCACUGUAUGUUAAAUAGAAAACUGCCUUCAGGAAAAGGUUAUGUACAUUUCGUGUUCAGCGGUGUUGAUCGUCAUGCACUAUACUGUUCCCUUCUGUAUGAAUGUAAAUCCUGUGAGUGUUUUCUUCCUAUUGAUCGACAUGCAGCGCUUUUGCCUGAAAGAUCAACAUCUGUGUGCAUCUUGCGAAUGCCUAUAAAAAUCACUGUUUUCACUACUAGGAUGAUGAAGAUACAGUUUAAGUUUAAUCCCAAAAAUGUUGAUGUACUGAUUUAUUUAUUUAUUUUUACGGACGCUACAUUAACAUAUUAACAUUGGUUUUAGCAUUUCUGUUUAUGAGCCUUGAUGGAACUUGUCAUUGAUAGAAUCUUAUUAUGCAAGUAUUUAUUAAUUUGGUUUUUUCUGUUUUGUUUUAUAAUUUUGAAACUAAUGUUAUACAUAUUUUAUGAAGAACAAGUGUCUGCUGCUGUAGAGUCGAAAUAAAAGACUUCUUUGUCACUU